ACCUCGUUUCACAUUCAAAAUCACACUCUUAAAACUAAUCGCACCGCUCAUCGCCGGGACAACCGCCGACGACUUCCUAGGAUUUCGACAACAUAGGCAACAUUUUCCAAAAAUGGAGGAAAAAGGCGGCACAAUGGCAAACCCUAAAACAAUACAAGAACUAGCAGUAGAAGGACAAAAGCAUUUAGAAGACACAAUAGAAGCAGCACAUCAAAUUCUCUCCGCCAUGAACGACGAGCUCUGCAACCCUACACUCUGGUCAACUACUCCAAAUACGGCCGCUACUACUUCUGCUAACGCCGUUAUGAGUAACGGACAGCAGCAGCAUCAUUCUAACGGCGGCGGCGACGUUUCCUCGGAUAAUUCUUCGUCUUCUUCGGCUUCGGCUCAACAACACUUGGAUAUUGGGGGCGGUGCCCUUGAUGAGUCACGUCUCCGUUAUAAGUCGUCAAUUGCUUGCUUGCGUUCUGUUCUUACGGCUAUUUCUAAUUCUCAGAAGGCAAAAGCAUUGGAAGCUGCUUCUGCUAGUGGUUCACUAUCUGCUGCAGAUCAAGCUGAAAUUGAGCAGCUGGAGGAACGUGCCUCUACGUUAAAAAAGGAACUUGUAGACAAGAACAAGCAUCUCAAGCUUCUGAUUGAUCAGCUUCGAUAUCUUCUUUCUGACCUAUCAACAUGGCAAAGUCCCUGUUCUACAUGACUGUGAUGCUAUAACUUCAAGCAGAUAGUUAAACAAGAGAGAUGAUGGAUGACAAAGGAACCGCGUUCAACUCUAGGAAACUGCUUUUUGUUGUACAGAGGUUACUACUUGAUCCAAAUACUUGGUUAUUGCCAAACAACUUAAUGCUGCUCGCGGUGUUACUAUUCUCUCUGUUUAGAUGCUUGGGCUGAUAUGUGUAAGCAUACCUCAGGGAAGAGGGAAAGGGACAAGGGGAAAAGGAGAAUGCUUUUGAUCUCACUUAUUAAGUGCUGAUUUAUUUUCUUGUA